AUGUCUAAAAAAGUGGACCAAGCUAAAAGCGCGCUAGUCUUCGAAAUAGAUCCAACAGAAUGUCCCUUCAGAGAGUUCCGAGAUAACGAGCUCCAAUCGGAAUUCUGGGGACUGGGUCCAGCGGCUUUUCGUGCUGCUAUGCUUCUAAACAAGACCGCUGUAAAGCCACCAGCAGACCACAUCUGGGUGGAUGAGCAAACUCAGCCCCUCCCCAGGUCUGUGCGACGGUAUCUUCACAGUUGGGUGCGAGCUGAAGACCUGGCGAUGAACAGAUGGGGGGCGGAAACUGUGGUCUUUGAGGACAAUGAUGGAGGGAAGAUGUCAAUCGCGGAUAUUCAGCUGAGUCAUCCUCAAGUUCUGCUCAGAUCCUCAUUCUGCAGACGAGUGUUAUCCGCGUGUUUUAUAUUGGAAAGAGUGGACGGGUUUGUGGUGGAACACCAAUGGGAGAACUUCGUUUUCAACGUGGGACCUGAAGGUUGGAGGGGCAGGUAUCAUAUCUACGCACCAGGUACAAAACCUGGCGGUGGAUCGCAGCAUAGACCUGGAUUAUCCAGAAAUGGUUGUUAUCUCGUUCGUCUUUUCUACCUCGGAGCGUGGAGAUGCGUCUGGGUCAGUGAUCAAGUACCCGUGGAUGCAACUGACUCCCCUCUACUUCCUUUCUCCCCUCUACUGAGCCACACCCCUACAGCUAAGCCAGGGUUGAAACAAGCUCCCACUACUGUCACCUCACCUGUGGUACAUUUAUGGCCAUUAUUGCUUUGCAAGGCGCUACUCAAGUUGGCUGCUCCUGAUAUGAAUUCGGAUGAUACCGUCGACUACUUAGAGGACGAGCUAUUCAAGGAAUUCAACAUCAUGCACUGUCUAACUGGGGCGAUGGACAUGACCUACCACAUUACUGAUGCUGAAGAAUUGUGGACUGUGAUAUGUAAUGAAGUGCCGGUAUUCUCCUGGGAUGAAGAUGACGACACCUUGACGAGUACGGUCAAAUCCAAGAGUACAAAGAAACUUACAGCUAAAGAGAUUGCCGUUGUUAGGCGUGGAUCAAUGACGUCACUCAUUAUAGAAGAUACCAAGAACUGCCCUCCGUAUUCAUUGCCCGGCAUCACUCCUGGACAUGAAAUGGAUCUCCUCAUCACGAUGGCACGAGAUCUGCCCAUGAAGAAACCUCUGCCUGAACCAGAAGUGGCAUCAUGGAAGCAGUAUCGCUGGGUGGACUGGGCUCGUCACCAUGGUCUGUACGAGGCCUACGACUGUCCACGGACGAGAUUCCUCAAAGUCACUGGUCUUCUCAAAAUGUCCUACGCUCCCCACUUGCUUGAUGUCCAAAGCACCGAGUCUAUUACAUUUGGUUUCCGAGAAGAACAGGAUAGAACUGCUGCGGUUAUAAAGAAAGGAGACGGAAAAUAUGUGAACCGAUCUAACACGGUCAACUCUUCCAUGGCGCAGCAAAUCAAAGAAGAAUUACGUGAAUGGAUACAAUACAAUUCGCUACAAGAGUUAGUGAAGGAGACCCAUAUACUAUAUUAUCCUUCAAUGUACCAAUUCACAUCCGCCGGAAGUAAUCCUCUGACACGAAUCACCAAAGGCAAUGUCAAUAAACCUCUCGAUGUACCUGCCCCGAAAUCAGCACCACUUUACCUUCAAAUCGAUGGGCCCGACGAAAUAGUUCUCCGAAUUUCACUGAGCAUGCUCCAUCCGAGGGUUUUGUUUAAUUCAGGAGUGCCGAUAGUGGAUUAUAUCGAGCCGGCGUACUUGAUCGUUGAGAGGUUUGAAUGGUUCGUUGAUUGUGAGGUUGCAAAGGCAAAAGCAUUUAUACAGACACGAGGAUAUGAUUCCGUUGAAAUUAGACUUCAACCGGGCAGACAUUUUUGCAGAUUAUGGGUACACUCGCGCAUGAAUUGGCACUUAAUGCUGCUCAGUGAAUCUACUUUGCUUCUUGGCUCCCGAGAUAUAAUUCAGUGCGCUGCAGUUCGCGAAUGUUCCUGGGCAUCUCGAUUCCUAUUCAACUUGUCUACAGCGUUUACUAACUGGAUUCGUGUUAAUAGAUCUGUUUUAAAUAUUUUAGGAGCUAAUAGAGAAUUUUACAAAUCGUAUCAACCAGAUCUUACAUGGGAUCCACAAGUCGUUGGUUAUGACAAAUCUCAGCUGCACUGGAUGUUCAGACAGGCUCUUCAAUCAUUGCUCAGGAAAAGGCUACAGAAUGCAGAAUUCCGAGCAGUAUGUAUGGUGCUAAGACGAUACAUGUACGAUCCUGACUUUGGUCUACCGCCAAAGCCGCUACCACCAAAAUCCUUAAGAGAAAUUGUUCAAGUUGAUCCAUGUGAUUGUCUUAUGCCCGAAUCUGAAGAAAUUGAAGUUAUAGAUGAGCAAUUAGAAGAACAGGUAAUGGAAGAAAAACCUUUAGUUGAUCCAGAAACAAUGACAAAACUACUCACAUCACCAGUAAAUCCAGUAACUUCUCAAGUAUGCGAGUUCGCUAAUGAAGAACUACCAUGCGGUUUAUUGAAAGAAGAAAGAGAGAAGGUAAUAAGACGACACGAAGCUGCAACUGUAUUGCAAGCGCACUGGAGAGGAACAUGGGCUAGAAAAUGUCUCAGUGCACACGUGAUAUUCACACCUGAAGUGUUGAGAACUGUUAUGGAUAAUGCAUUUGGAAAUUUAGAAUCAUUAUCAGCUUUAAUGAAUGAGUUCUUCAGUUUAUAUCCUGGAGCAAAAUAUGCAUAUUCUAUCGCAUCAGCAUUAAGUGGAAAAUAUGGAUUACAUCAAUAUAGCGGAACUUGUCCUGUUACUCCUAACUGCAAGUGGAUACCGUACUUUCAAGGGGUCUUCUUCUGUCAUGGACCUGUGAAGGUUCAUUUUGAUGUUCAAAGUUCUUACCAACAUUAUUGUACCAUGGAGGUAUACAAUAAUGAUACUGGUAUUCAAAUGCCUCAAGCCUUCAAUUCUCAUAUUACUUUUGAUUUCCAACCUAAUGCUCAUGGUUACACAGUUAUAGGCCAUGGAAUAGUUGGCCGACCAGUUCGGUAUAAUCACGAUGUACAUUGGCAGUUGACAGUACUAAGUAGUACCGAUGGAUUAUUCCACGUUUGUGAUAACGAAUUAGAUUUCUGCAAAGAAGUAGCACUACCAUCUGCCAGCAAACUGCAUGUCGAUGAAAUAUUUAUUCCUAAUAGAAGAAAUAUUCUCGGUGGUAUCCAAAUAUCUGUAACGAAGUAUGAAGCUGUUAGUUUCAGAGCUGCGGCCACAUCGCCUGAUCUAGAAAUGGAAGUUGUACUACGUACCAAAACUGAAGGAGUCGUGGAAGAACUGGCCAGGUAUUCAGGAAAAGGUGAAGUCUACUGGCCAUACAUACGCUUGGAUCCAUCACCACCGCCACUCAUGACGACUAAAAGACACUCUGCGUCUCAUGCUAAUUUGGGCUCGGUUAAUCGAGACUCGGCAUUUUUAAGUGCCCGUUCACUGAAGCCUGCAAAAUUAGGAAAAUCAUCUGGGAGGAAUAGAUCAACAACUAAGAUGAAAAUGGCUCCACCUGAACCAAAACAAUAUUAUAUCGAAGUGAUUGCGACAAACGGCUGGCCUUUAACACUAGCACAGUGGAAAAGAGUGGACGAAGUACGGAACUCGCUCGAAUUGUGUAAAUUGGAUGCACCUAUCAAAAAGUCAAUGAAAGAAAAGCCAGGUUCAGCUAAAGAUAAGGAUAAAGAUAAACCUUAUUCAGUACCACCAGUCUAUCAACCACAACCAGGCGAUGCAUAUACUGAAUUGGAGUGUUCUGUAGCCGUUAGCGGAGGAGCGUACUGCAGGCGUGAUGAUGAGAGGGAUCUGGAAUUUGCAGCAGCAAGACGAGCUUGGGAUGCAAAGGAACCUGGAAGAAAUCAGAGAGGUGCUCAGAUAAGGAAAGAAUUCCGCUCCGAGUUUCUAGAAGCCCUACCACCGCCGCCCUCUGAAAGCGUAUAUACAAUAGAGGAAAUGUUUGGUGAAGAAUAUGGAGAGGGGGAAGAAAGAAAGGAUCUCCAGCAACAAGCCCAGCAAGGCCCCACACCGGUCUCUGAGAGUGCACUACUUGAGAUGACAGUCGAGAGUGAAAAAGAGGCAAAAUACAUACUCAUGCCCGAGCAAUUGAGAGACAAAUUCAUACCAUUACAUUUCUUACCAUUUUGCACUAAAGAGAAAAUAGAAGACAACAGUGUAAUAUUAACACCAGAUAUGUGUGAAGCAGCCAAGAAAGACCGACAUGCACGUAUAGAAGCCGCUCUAGACCGCAUGAAAGAAUUACAAAUGUAUAACGAACUGUAUGUAUUGGGCCGGCAGAAGAGAAGAUGUCAUCUCCUUGAGAAAUUAUUUGUUGAUUCGCAAUGGAAUCCAGAAUUAGCUGACGUUCUAGACGAAAGAGACGAGGCUAUUGUUAGAGAAACUCUCAACGGGACACUAUCAGCUACUAAGAAAAAACAAGAGGGAAAGAAGAAGUAAAAUAAAGUUGCAAAUA